AUGGCGGAAACCCAACCUAAAAUCCGUAUCAUGCAAGGCGCCGAGCAAGACCUUUCUGCUGCGACAUAUCAGAUCUUUGACGAGAGCCACACACUUGGCAAUGCAUUGAGGUGGAUGAUCAUGAAAAAUCCGAAAGUGGAGUUUUGUGGGUACAGCGUCCCGCACCCCUCGGAAAAUCUCAUUCAAUUGCGCAUACAGAUGUAUGACAAUCUGUCAUCAUUAACCGCCCUUCAAACUGCUCUUGAUGACCUCGAUACCCUAUACGAAAGCAUAGAAGACGCAUACAGAGCCAGUCUUGAGCAGGAUCACUAUGAGAAAUUUAUCGAGCAGAGCUGA